UCUGCAUCAUAMCGUAAAAAAAUCUAUAUUUUGUUUAGYUCCGUGAUUCUAAUUCCGCUUUAUACGCUAAACCUCGACGCUAACGCUUCCUUGAACUACAGUUACAGUCGCGUCGUUCAUCAGUCAAGAGAGCCAACAAUAAGUGAACCACAGACGACAACAAUGGAAGAGCCAAAGUCACAGGCGCCACCUAAUUAUCAGCAGUCUUCUCCAGAACAAUACCCCAUUCAGACUCCGCCCAUGAUGCAGCAAGGUCAGUCAAUGAUGCAGCAAGGUCAGCCAAUAAUGACGCAACCAGGUCAGCCAAUGAUGCAGCCAGGUCAGCCAAUGAUGUACCAAGGUCAACCAAUGAUGAUGCAGCAAGGUCAAAUGGCACCAAUGCAUUCCCAAACUACCAGCAAUACAAACUUGGUAAUGAUCAACCAGCAGCCUGUUUCUGCCCGUGCUGCCCCAAGAGAGUGGAGUACAGGAUUGUGUGGCUGCUGCGACGACUGUGGCACUUGUUGGUAUGCGAUUUUCUGUAAACAACAUUUGUUGUGUGACCUUUCUCAACGUCUAGGAGAGGGCAGAUGCUUCGUCUGUUGUUGCCCCUUUCCUCUUCUUAGCCUCAGGAUAAAAUUCAGAACUGAACAAAACAUCAAGGGAUCACUGUGCAAUGACUACUUGACGGUUGAAUUCUGCCCUCUUUGCGCCUUGUGUCAGCUGGCGAGGGAGAUUGACCACGUUCAACGCAUACAAAGAGUCAAUUGAGGUUGUAAAUCUCAUGGUAACUAAACGGUAUUCGCUAAUUUUCAGAAAUUAUCGUUUACAACCGAGCUUGAUAGUAGAGUAGUAAUACGUAAUGAAUUUUUAUCGUUUUUCUGCCAGUUAUAUAAUCAGCAUUUUAUUCUAUCUUAUUUUGAAACCGUUAAAAGAAACUAUAGGAAGGUUUCUGAUGCCGUUCGGUGCAUGAGAAAUACGUCAAAAUUUACGAGUAGACCAUGUGUAAUGAUUAUUGUAUAGCCUGUUAGUGUCUUCUUGUCACCAUGCGUCAGAUAUAGGGACGCUAAAUGAAGACAUAAAUGAUAUAACUACUUAUAAAUGCAUUAUAGUGUCCUUGACU